AUGCUAACACAAAAUGCAUUCGAGAACUUCGCUAUGUGCGCGCCAGGCGAGCGUGACAGAUCCGUUCGAGGUUUCUUCAUCGCCAUCAGAGAUGCGUACAUCGCCCUCACGCGUGACCGAGACCCCAUCGGCCCAAAAGAGAAGGCCAUGCUGCUUCUACACGAGAACAAAAAAUGUAUCUACGUGGGCGCUGUCCAGCAGCGGCCGACCAAGCUUUUCAAGUUUGGGCGCACCAUUAACCUAGGGAGACGGUACAAAGAGCAUAAGGCUUCUUUCAAGGAGCCGUUGUUUUUUGAGCUGCUGCACGUGGUGGAGGCUGAGGACGACAGAACGGCCGAGGAGCUCUUUCGGAACAUGGGAGACAUCAAGGACAACCUUUCGCCGCUCAAGAUCGGGGACACUACGCACACCGAGAUCUUUGUGGCACCUGCCAGCCUCACUGAAGAGAAGAUCCUGUACAAUAUGCGCAAGGCGGUCAGGCUGUCAUCCUCGACGGAGGGGGUGAUGUUCGAUGCACACGACCACACGUUGGCCAUCGAGCAGGAGAAAACGAAACAACUAAGGAUGGAUCAUGAUGCCAAAAGAGCGAAGUUAGACCACGAUGCGGAAAUGGCAAGAUUGGAACACGACUCUGAAAUAGCAAGACUGGAUCACGAGUACAGAAUGGAGCAACUCAAGCGGAUGAACCAGAGCACAUCAUCCGUACCUCAUCCCAAUGUUGAGCAGGGGCAAUAUAGGAGCGCUGUUCUAGCCCCUCCAUCACCAGAGGCACCACCACUGCUAGAUCUCUUUGACACGCGCAGGGUUCCUAGGUACACAAUGACCGAGCACAACAUGUCCAUCAAGGCAGUCCCGGGCCAAACUCUCUUCACCAAAUGUGAAGAGAACAUCGACGAACUGGCGGACAAACCGGUCAACUUUAUGACCAUCAAACCUGGCGGCGUGUACAAACUCGAAGGUCUUCUCAUCCACAAAAGCCGGUCGGAGAAUCUGGAGACAUCGCGCGGAACCCGCGACGUCGUCCGCCUCACGCUAAAGGACCUCCGUGGCGAGAUCGGCAUCGUAUCUGUCUGGGGAGAUCAAGCUGCACUUCCGAUCAUCCGGGAAGCUCGCGUACGUCAGGACGUGCUCAUCAUCAGCGGCGUGCAGUGCGAUCUGGAGCAGGGGUUCGGCUCAACGAGGAUCACCGACAUCACACGCAGCGACGCAAAUCCGCGCCACAUCGAGGGCAUCGGCCUCACCUUCCGCUUCGCCAGCGAGUCGUCCAUUACGACUUGGAAAAGGGCCAUGGAUGACGUCGACGCAGCAAACGGCAAGUACAUCAGCAGGAUCGUCCUGGGCAGCUUCGUCGCUUACCGCCGCGUGGAUUUCUGCGGUUACCGCUGCCUCGCGUGCCAGAACAUGGCCAGCUGGGACCCUGUUUCCCGGGAGAUCUUCUGUGACGCCACGUGCACACCCGGCGCCAUCAUCGACGUGUCCAUCGAGAUCUCAGCAACAGCGGAAAUGUUCUUCCCUGGCGCAGCCACUGCAGUCAACGUGCGGGUGUACGCAAACGAGUUCCCAGCAGUCAGCGGGAUGUACCUGGAAGACUUCGUCACCAGGCCGGCGGACGCGCAAGUAGCGGCCCUCAACGCCCGCUUCAGGGGGAAGACUUUCGCAGUCCACCUGCGUCUGCGCGCUAACCCAGCCAGCUACAUCACCUCCUACUCCCUCAAGAUCAUCGGGCUCGAAUUCCCACCCGCGAGUGAUUUGGAAAAACGCGCCCGUGGCGCGUGA